UACAAAGUGUCCAUUCUUCCGAAGUCCUCGGGAUGGAUGCCUGAGUCUUAGCCUUAACCAAGAGCCUGAAGCGUUCAGUAUUCUGUCUCUCUCUAUCCUCUAGGGUUUUGGCUGCCGGGCUAUGUCGGGAGACGAGGGCAGGCACCACGAAUCCCACCCCGAUUUUCUUGGGUCAGCCAACUGCCUCCUUACACUUGUGGUAGGCACAGAUAAUCGUGUCGUGUUAAGGGACGGAUUUGGCGAGAGAAGUACGGUAUAUUGUUUCGCGACUUGUUUCUCUUUGGUCGGGGGAUUGAGCUCACAGGAUGGAGCAAAAAACAAUUCAGGGAAGAAAAUCCCAGAAAAGCAAAGAGAUGGAACCAACCCGAAUCAAACGCCUCCGCCGAGAAAACUGCCUGUCUGGCUGUCUGAUUGUCCCACUGCAAAUCAACCGUUCAACGAUGUCCAAGGCAACUGACAUA